CUAAGCCCUCUCUGUGAGCGAAUCUUUCUUCGAUCAUCAGAUUCUCAUCCAGGGGUUAUCUCAAUCGCUCUCCUGCCUCCACUUGUUCGUAUCCUCCGCUUCUUAAGUGGCUCUGCGCCACCAGCGAUUUUUUAUGGUUCGAUCUUUUGAUGCUCUGUUACGCUUUGAAUCCUGUGUCUGUCUCCUUUCCUUGAUGAAAGUGAUGAUCUUUGCUACGCAUCUGAAACUGAAUUUUCAUUUCCGAUUAAAAAGACUGCAUCUUUGAUCUUAUAGGAAUGAAGACUAAGCUGAGUUCAAGGUUAGCUUAAAGAGAAAAUUUUUGCAGCUAUGUCAGAGUCUCGCCAAAGGCCUCCUUUUAAGGGCCCGAGAUGGAUCAUCACUUUGGUUGCUCUUGUUACACUCGUUGUCAUCACUGCACUCAUUUAUCCUCCCCGGAACUCUGUGACUUGCUACAUGUUUUCUGGCCCUGGAUGUCAGUUAUACCAACAGUUCUUGUUCGUGCCUUCGAGGGAACUCACUGAUACCGAAGCUGCAGCUCAGGUUGUGACGAAUGAGAUCAUGAAUCUACCUGAAUCCAAGACAGCGAACCCCAAGAUUGCUUUCAUGUUCUUAACGCCAGGGGCUUUGCCUUUUGAGCCUCUCUGGGAAAUGUUCCUCCGUGGACAUGAGAACAAGUUUUCUAUUUAUGUCCACGCGUCAAAGAAGAGUCCUGCACAUACUAGCAACUACUUUGUUGGUCGAGAUAUUCACAGUCACAAGGUUGCUUGGGGUCAGAUAUCGAUGGUUGAUGCUGAAAGAAGGCUUUUAGCUCAUGCUCUCAUUGACCCUGAUAACCAACACUUUGUGUUGCUUUCAGAUAGUUGUGUACCGCUGUUUGACUUUAACUAUAUCUAUAAUCACUUGAUCUACGCGAACCUUAGCUUCAUUGAUUGUUUUGAGGAUCCUGGACCACAUGGAAAUGGUCGGUAUUCUCAACAUAUGUUGCCUGAGGUUGAGAAGAAGGAUUUUAGGAAGGGCUCACAGUGGUUUUCAAUGAAGAGGAGACAUGCUAUAGUCGUCAUGGCUGACAGUCUUUACUACACAAAAUUUAAGCUUUACUGUAGGCCGAAGAUGGAAGGACGCAACUGCUAUGCGGACGAACAUUAUUUCCCAACUCUCUUCAAUAUGAUUGAUCCAAAUGGAAUAGCAAACUGGUCGGUGACACAUGUUGACUGGUCAGAAGGAAAAUGGCAUCCGAGAUUAUACAAUGCAAGAGACAUCACUCCUUACCUCCUCAGGAAAAUCAAGUCCAUCCAACUUGCUUACCAUGUAACAAGUGAUUUAAAGAAAGUGACGACAGUAAGGCCGUGUCUAUGGAAAGGAGAUCAACGUCCAUGUUAUCUAUUUGCUCGGAAGUUCAAUCCCGAGACUCUGGACCGGUUGAUGUAUCUCUUCCCUAACUACACCUCGCUGGUUUGAAAGGGAUACAUUGUCCUGUUAUGGUCCUUUGUCUAAGCUCUUACCAAAGCAUCCAUCCGCCUUGUGAUUGAUAAAUACUCGUAAACCAUUCAUAUUGCUGUGAUUCAAAGUUGGGUCUUGAGCCUGGCACAGACACAAACAAGAAUAGCUUGAGUGUUUUUGAUUUUGUUUAUGAUAACAAACAUUAGCGUUGAGAAGUUGCUAGCUUAUUUAUUAAAACUUUGAAUUUCGAUUCA